GCGUGCGCGUCAUCGGCGGGCGCCAGUCGCGGGGCGAUGACGCCAGAGCCCGGUCCGGACUGUCAGUCGGAGCGGCGCCGCGGACGGGCCCAGGGGCCCGCGGGGCCGGCUUGGCCAUGGCGGCUGUGUUUGACCUGGACCUGGAGACGGAGGAGGGCAGCGAGGGCGAGGCCGAGGCCGAUUCCAGCCCCGCGGAGGCGUGUCCACUCGCGGAGCCGCGGACAGCCGGCCCGGAGGUCCCGGGCAGGUACGAGGAGGUGGAGCUGACGGAGGACAGCGUGAACCCGGGCCCCGAGCGCAUCGGCCCGCACUGCUUUGAGCUUCUGCGGGUGCUGGGCAAAGGCGGCUACGGCAAGGUAUUCCAGGUUCGCAAGGUGCAGGGCGCCAACUCGGGCAAAAUAUACGCCAUGAAAGUGCUGAGGAAGGCCAAAAUCGUGCGCAACGCCAAGGACACAGCGCACACGCGCGCCGAGCGGAACAUUCUGGAGUCGGUGAGGCACCCGUUCAUCGUGGAGCUGGCCUACGCCUUCCAGACCGGGGGCAAACUCUACCUCAUCCUCGAGUGUCUCAGUGGAGGCGAGCUCUUCACGCACCUGGAGCGGGAGGGCAUCUUCCUGGAGGACACGGCCUGCUUCUACCUGGGAGAGAUCACGCUGGCCCUGGGCCACCUCCACGCCCAAGGCAUCAUCUACAGGGACCUCAAGCCCGAGAACAUCAUGCUCAACAGCCAGGGACACAUCAAACUCACCGACUUCGGGCUCUGCAAAGAAUCCAUCCACGAGGGCGCCGUCACCCACACCUUCUGUGGCACCAUCGAGUACAUGGCCCCCGAGAUUCUGGUGCGGAGCGGCCACAACCGAGCGGUGGACUGGUGGAGCCUGGGGGCCCUCAUGCACGACAUGCUCACCGGCUCGCCCCCCUUCACUGCCGAGAACCGGAAGAAGACCAUGGACAAGAUCGUCAAAGGGAAGCUGGUGCUGCCCCCGUACCUCACCGCCGACGCCCGGGACCUCAUCAAGAAGUUUCUGAAGCGGAAUCCUGCCCAGCGGAUGGGGGGUGGCCCGGGGGAUGCUGCCGAUGUGCAGAGGCACCCCUUCUUCCGGCACAUCAAUUGGGACGACCUCCUGGCCCGCCACGUGGACCCUCCGUUCAGGCCCUCUCUGCAAUCCGAGGAGGACGUGAGCCAGUUUGACGUGCGAUUCACCCGCCAGACGCCCGUGGACAGCCCUGACGACUCGGCCCUCAGUGAGAGCGCUGACCAGGCCUUCCUGGGCUUCACCUACGUGGCCCCGUCGGUGCUGGACAGCAUCAAGGAGGGCUUCUCCUUCCAGCCCAAGCUGCGCUCCCCCCGCCGCCUCAACAGCAGCCCCCGGACCCCGAUCAGCCCCCUGAAGUUCUCACCCUUUGAGGGGUUCCGGCCCAGCCCUGGCCCCCAGGAGCCCAUGGAGACCCCCCCGCCUCCCCUGCUGCCGCCGCCUUCGCCGCCACCCGCCAGGACGCCCCCCCUCCCCAUCCGGCCCCCCUCGGGGGGCAAGAGGUCCAAGAGGGGCCGUGGGCGCCCCGGUCGCUAGGAGGGGGCAGGCAGCAGAGCUGUGGC